AUGGUCUGGAGCCCAGCAAGCAAUGCUACUCUUACUCUGAAUGUGGAUGGAGCUUUCCUUUCUCAACUCACUAAGGGUGGUCUGGGAGGAGCUCUCCGAGACUCACGUGGAAUAGUUCAUGCUGCUUAUCAAAUUGCAGCUCCUUUCGUCAGCUCGGCUUUACAUGCUGAACUUCUGGCAAUCAAAGUAGGUCUGCAACUACUUAGUCUGCAUAACUUCCAGUCUGUGUGUAUCCAAUCUGAUUGUUUGUUAGUUGUCCAAGACAUUAAUGGCAAUUCUACCAAUCAUACAGAGUAUGGUACUUUGAUUGAGGACAUUCAGUUCAUGCUGCAACAACUGCAGCAAAUCCAUGUAUCUUAUACUCCUCGUACUUGUAACAAGAUAGCUCACAGAUUAGCCAAUUUAGCUUUUGAAUCCGAGCAGACUAUGUAUUGGAUUCAAGAAACUCCGGAUUGCAUCCGCGACAUUGUACUAAAGGAGCUUCCUCCUCUUACUUAG